AAAAUGAGUGAGCGAGAGGAUCUUAGUGACUCUGAAAAUAGUCAAUUAGAAGAAGACUUAGAAGAGAUUUUGAAGUUGAAGGAAAAAAUUAUGAAAAUUAAGAGGAAAAGGUCCAGAUCUGUUAAUAGGACUGUUAACAAGUCCAGAGAUGGAAGAAAGCACAAGCAAAAGGAGUCAAAUGUUAGAUCGAGAUCAGGGUCUAAUGACACUAUCGCUACUUACAAUCCAAUCUUGGGCUAUAGUGAGAGUGAACCAAAGAGGAAGAGGCUCAAAGAAGAAUAUUCUGAGUAUGUAAGGGAAAAAAUUAGGCAAGAUGAGAAAAGUAAAUCAAGGACUCGUAAACAUGUUCGAAUCGAUGAUAGUCAUCACGAUACUGCUUCUCUGCAUAAUUUCAAGAAUGACUAUGCUCAUAAACAGCGAUAUAAGCAUAGUUAUUUUAAAUACAGGGAUGAUAAUUCGAGUACUUCUCCCGCCAGGCAUCAAGAAGAUACUUUCUCUUACAUCAAAGUCGAAGAUGCAACGGGAAGAGAUAAAUAUAGAGAUGAUAGUCUUAAUAAGCGGGAGAGCUCUCCCGCUGGCACUAUUGUUUCAAUUCUCCCUCAUGAGCACGAGUCACCUAUACAGAAAGAGAACAAGAAGCGAGCUCUAGCUGCUGAACUCCAAGCCCAGAUACAGUUAAAGAAUGAAAGAAAACAGAAGGAAAAAGAGUCUAAGAAGAACAUGGAUUAUAAAUACCUCUACGAAUAUAUGCAAUCUGAUCCUUUCGGUAAGAUGGGUGCUGGAGCGCCUCUUAGAGAUGCUCAGGGUCACAUAGUCGCGAAUCGGCUUAAAACCAUGGAUGAGGCAACUUCAAAAUCCUUUCACCAAUCAUUUUAUAAUCAAAACUCAGAAGGGAAGCAUCAGAAGGCUGAGGAAAUAAAUGAAAAGAAUUAAGAUGCAGAACUUGAACGAGGAAGAAAUCGGCCUCCAGUUCUUAUCCUGGAACAACCAAGAGAAACAUAGGAAGGAGAUGCUUCAGGAAGAAUGGAAGCAUGAACUUGACGAACAAGCUGAACGCCUCAAGACCCGUAAAGAUGAAGAAAAGAGGAAGAAGCUUGUCUAUGACCUUAAGCUUGAGGAGAAAAUCAAGAAAGACUUGAGGGAGCUGAGUGAGGAAUUCGAGCGUGAAACUGGCACUAAGAGCAAUAAACAUAAUAACUUCAGUGUAGGCAAGGAGAACUCUGUUAAUUAUUUGGUUACCAAGCGCAGAAAGCACAAUAAAGGCUCAGAGUACCAUAAAUCAAGAAUGUCAUCCAAAGAUGGUAGUAUUGAUAGGAUGGAGGACUUUAAUGGUCUCGAAGAGGAGGAUGACAAUGAUGUGAGAAGCAGAAUUGACCAAGGGUAUACCAAUGAUGUUAAUAUCAAGAACUUAAGAGAGGAUCUCAGAAGAAGAGAAGGAGCAGUGAAUGCAAAAAUACAUACAAUGAAGCAAAGUAAUAUUCUACAGCAAGCUGAGAUAAGAAGCACAUUUGAUAGCUUGCUGCAACUUCAACAAGAUAUGGAAGAAAAAUAAUAAGGAUAGAAGGACAUCUAAUGGUGACUUUUAUAGCACCCUUGCUCAUGAGAGCAAAGCUCUUUUGAAUAGUUUAAGAGCAGGGAAGAGAAAUUCUUUACCUCCAAAUUACAGUUACAGCCAAACAAUGCCUCCUGGUCUGGAAAAUCCCUAUAAAACGCCUUAUGAGCAAAGGUUCGGUGUGGAUCGAAACAGGGAAGAAGCUCCUAGCUUUCACCACGAGAGUGUUUUUAUUAAUACUGAUGCACCUCAACCAAGCCAAGGAUCGCCAAAUGAAGUGCUGGAUGACUUGAUUAAUUCGUAUGGAGGUCCAAAUACAAGCCAGUUUUCUUUACCAUUACCUAAGAGCAGUAUGAGGCACCAGGCAGAUAUGCCUCCAAUGGAACAGCCUUAUAAUGACGAAGUGUUCAAUACUGAAGAGAGCCAGGCUAUCGAAGGUAACCCUGAGGAUAGUCUUAACCAACUAGUCAACGAAGUGGAGGAGUCUAAUAAUAAUUUGCAAGAGGUAACUUAAGUUUACCGUGAAUAUAAAUGCCAUUCAAUAGCCUAUCAG